AUCAAAGCAACCAUGUGGUGAAAUUUGAAUUUUUUCUCCUGUUUCUUCGUUGUUCGUCGUCGUCCUGCCUUGCGCACUGGCAGAGGAACCAAUCAGCUGACCGGCGAGCCGAUCUCAAUUUGCUGCAGACCUUCGGAUCGAACGGUAGUCUGCUGCUCGUAAAUCCCGUUUAUCGCUUCCUGUGGUGCCAGAACAGCUGACUGGCGAACAAAAGAUCCUGCGCAACAAUAGAGGACCUUGUGCGGCGGUUUCAAGGACAACUGCUUCUGCCGGUUUCUUUUACCUGGAGGGAAAAUGACGGAGGAAAGCUUCAACAAAGCACCCGGUUCGGAGUUGUCCAAAACCCGAUCAACCAUUGUUACCAUGGGCAACGUUAAAUUUUCACCCAGUUCGACCGUUUCAUUUCCGGAACGUGCACUCAACCAAACGGCCAGCGUUAGUCAAGAUUAUCCCUAUACGAUCCUGCAAUACGGCCAUUUGCUGCCAACGUUGGUACAACCUGGCUUCUCGAUGUUCCAUUUGCCGCCACCUCCGGUUCCGGUAACCAUCCCGGUGUUUUCCCAACCCGUCAAUGGAAACUUCGCCCAACAUCAAUCGUUUGACAGUAACAUGUUCUAUCGAUAUGUACCGCAGCUUCCGGGUACUAACGAAGGCCUGGGGCAGAAGAUCAACUGGGCUAGAUGCAACGGAAAGAUGGCAAGCAAGGUGAAACAUAAGGAACUGUCGCCCGUGGACAUUGGCAAAGUGGAUGGAAUAACGGGUGUGAUCAGUGACGCCCCGCUAAGCCCACCGAUUAUGCCGCUGGUAUCGGAUACGCACAGAGAAGUCGGCUUCGGAGGAUCCGGCGUUGUGGUGGACAAGGAGAAACUUAUCGCGCUAACCGAUAUGGCCAUGCAGGGUUGCGAGUUGGCAGAGCAGCUGGCCAAUAAUCACCAGAAAAUGCCUUGCUUCAAGAAGAUCGAUAGUCUGUGCGCUCGUAUGAAGCAGGAUCUCAUUCGGCCGGACAGCGUUCUGGCAAACAUUAACUCACAAGGCAUUGCCUGGGCCGUGAAGGACUUCAUCUUCGUUUUCACUCGGAUCAUCAACGCUUGGAACAUCAUCAAGGGGUACGUGUACAACACUCCGGACGGGUUGGAUAGGGUGCAGAAAGUAUUGAGUCCGGAUUUCCUGGAUCAUUUUCUCAAGUGGCAGGAUUCCACGAUUGAUUUUGUCGACAGCUUGGUCAAGUCUUUCACCAGCCUGGACGAAAUGGUUCAAAACCAGCGCACAAGUCGGAUGCAGAAGGAAUCCUCGCCGAAGGUCUCAGGUCGGCAGUCAAAAACGGACGAAGAAAAGGAACGAAACAUUCAGGAGCUGUACGAGUAUCUGAAGGACAUGAUUCCAAAUCUUGCGGAGAACAAGAACAAUUCAUCGUCGGACAAUGCAAGUAGUAGCGACUUAUCGGACCGUAGUAGCGUAGUUUACGACAAUGCUAAAAGUUAUCUCUUCUCCGUUGUCAACGACUCGGAACAGGCGCAGAUGAAGCACAAUGAAAAUGGAACCUAUUUCAAGACGGGCAUUUACGAACCGGUCAAGAAGCCCCCGGGGUUCGGUCCCCAACCGGUGACGUGUUCUGUGAAAGUCCCCUUCCCCAUGCCCGACGCCAGCAAUAAUCCCUCGACACCGUUUCUCACCUCCACGCCGAAGAUUUUGAAGAAUCCUAUCUCGCAGCAUCGUCCUGAUUUACUGGGAUCGCUUGGCAGUUUGAAACAAAGCGAUGGGGAACCUACUGCAUCAGGUGGUCAAACGAUGACUGGUGGUGACGUAGCGCUGCCGUCGCAGCUGCAAAUGGACUUUUUCAACGAUGCGAUCAUCCGGCAAAGUUUUGACAGUGAAACGGUAGCCAAAAUUCAUUUUUUGCUUCAAAAAGUGUUCAACGUGAAUGAGGCAAAGUACUUUUUGAUGGCGCAUUUCACUAAAAAUUACUUUCCAGGCUUUGACACAGUGAAUCCGAACUUUACCGAUUUGCGAACGAUUAUCUCGAAGGCCCAGAUGGGUGGCUACCAAACCAUCUAUGAGAUUGUGCACGACCUUCGCCAGAUUAUCCGAUCCGCUCGUCGCUAUCUAGAACAAAAAUCUAGCGUCCUGUUGAAGGAAACAACCGAAGAGUUCGAGCGUAGUUUGGAAGACAUCCUGUGCGACAAGAUUUUCGACUGUUACAACUUUAACCGUCUGCCUGGAUCCACGUCUCCGACAGGCACCAUCAGUAGCCUAAGUACCGCCUGCUCUGGAGAGUUUUAAUGCUAACUGUCGUUUUUAGUCGUUUUCCUACAGAACAGGAUUUUAUUUUAAUUGUUUUAAGAGUAACCCCCAGAUCUGAUGACUGUUGAUUCAGGUACAAAAAAAGUCAUCACUAGCAUAAAUUGCAGAGUAUUGUAGGGAUAAAAUUAGUUAAACAAUGUGUGCCAAAAUCAAAGUAAGGAUAUUGACAUCCACCCCAAUGCUAACCCAACCAGAUUUAAUUAUGCUAGGCCAAUCAAAUUAUACACACUUGAAAUCAAUCUAGUUAUAGAAAAGUACGAGAUUUCGAUGGCCGCAACGAUUUGGUAUGCAAGUUGAUGGCAGCAAAGUUUUUGAAGCAUUUGAUAAAGUGGAAAAUCUUGAUAACACUGCUAGUGAUUUUUUUUGGCAGGAAAAGUUUUGAUGUCGGUUGACUAUCAUUCGAAAUUAUGUCCGUCCUAAGUAUAGUGUUCAUGUCGAAACUAAAUUUUGUUUCUCCCUUCUAAAUGGUAGGAUAAAUCCAUUUUUUAUAACUAUUAGAACUAACAACUCUGUAAACCAAUAACCAGAAUGUGGUGAAAAUUAUGAAAUGUAGAUAUAAAGAUGUUUUAACCUUUAAUAUAAAUUGAAACAAUGUUAAAAAAAGAAAAAUGCUCGCAAAA